CAUCACCUUUUGCCUCUAGAGGUCGCUAACGGAUUUCACAAAAAUAUACUUUCGGUCUAAAAGCGUCACUUCCGGUAGGGAGUUCUUUCUCUCCUGACACGUAGCAGCAGUUUCUGAGUUGGCAGCUUCCUAGCUACUGUUGUCAAACAUCAGAGUGAGAGAUGUCGGGGUUUGACAACCUCAACACAGACUUCUACCAGUCCAGUUACAGUGUCGAUGACCAAAACCAGGCUGGCUAUGGAUACAGUAAUGAAAACCCUUAUAACAAGCAAUAUAGCCAGUAUGACUAUUCCCAGCAAAUGGGCUACCCCUCCCCCGGAAUGAUGCAGCCCCAGCAGCCAUACACAGGACAGAUCUUCCAGCCCACACACACCUACACCCCGUCCUCAUCACAGUCCAUGUAUAGCAGCAGCUUUGAUGAUGAGCCGCCGCUACUGGAAGAAUUAGGCAUCAACUUUGACCACAUCUGGCAGAAAACAUUGACGGUCCUGCAUCCUCUCAAGGCAGCAGACGGCAGCAUCAUGAACGAGACGGACUUAGCUGGCCCGAUGGUCUUUUGUUUGGCCUUUGGUGCAACACUCCUUUUGUCCGGUAAGAUCCAGUUUGGCUACGUGUACGGCAUCAGCGCAAUCGGCUGCCUAGGCAUGUACUGCCUGCUCAAUCUCAUGAGCAUGACUGGCGUGUCCUUCGGCUGCGUGGCCAGCGUGCUGGGGUACUGCCUCCUUCCCAUGAUCCUCCUGUCCAGCUUCGGAGUCAUCCUCUCGUUACAGGGCAUGAUGGGAAUCAUCCUGACGGCGGCCAUCAUCGGCUGGUGCAGUUUAUCGGCAUCGAAGAUCUUUAUCUCUGCAUUGGCCAUGGACGGGCAGCAGCUCCUGGUUGCAUACCCAUGCGCACUUCUCUACGGCGUCUUCGCUCUCAUCUCUGUCUUCUAGAGAAAGCGUUUCACGCAGGUUUGACAUAACGGUUCCUCGCUUUUUCCUGUGAUUGCCGUGUAAUUAGGCGUCUGUGCCAUGAUUACCUAAUUACACCAUUUAUAGUCACAGGACUUUAAGAUUUUCUUUUGUUCGUUUUCUUUUUACCAUCCGCUAACUGUCUCCACAUUCCACUGGGACGAUCUGCAGCGUUUUGUUUUUUUUUUUGCCCAUUUUUGUCUUCCUACAUGGAGCCAGAAGUGCACAAGAAUGAAAUGUGGGACCUUCCUCAAUUGAAACAGCAUAAGCUUAACAUUUGAGCCAGUGGGAGACGCUGUGGACUGUGCAAGUGCGAGAACUUGCGGAAACUUCACAGGACCUCUGAACCCCCGGAAGACAAUCUGGACGUCCGAGGCGCUUCUCGAGAUUUACUUCAUUUGCAUUUCUCAAAAACAAACAAACAAAAAAAAUCCAGUUUGUGCAAAAGCUUUUCUUUCAAAAGGCAUCUAACUCCAUUUUGCACAAUUGAUUUCUUCAAACACGCCUCUCAAAAAGAUCUUCUAUUUGUUCAUCAAUGUUUAUUUUAGCGUCCACAACACUUUUGUAUACUUGGAUGUGUCCCGUGUUGUUCGUGUCAAUGUGGUUUUUAAGGGGUACACUCAUGCACACGUGCUGUAUGUUUAAUAAAUAAGAGACUGAGAAAAGUGACAUAGCUUCUUCAUAUGUGUG